AUGCAGAGACGGAGUCCUCCGAAACAUAGGCAUGACGGAACGUCGCCUCUUCCGUUGGGGAUGGAUUGGAGUCCUCCCCCUCGCAAAUGGAAUGGUAGAGAUACUGUUUGGCCUCAUGACCCUCGAACUGGAUGGAGUUAUUGUGUUACUAUACCCUCGUGGGUUGUCCUUCCUAAAUCAAGAAAUUCUGAUCCUGUUGUGUUUUACAGGGUUCAGAUAAGUGUGCAAUCCCCUGAAGGUGUGACUACAAUGCGGGGAGUGUUGAGAAGAUUUAAUGAUUUCCUAAAGCUAUUGACGGAUCUUAAAAGAGAAUUUCCCAGAAAGAGUUUUCCAUCAGCUCCACCCAAAGGGCUGUUACGUUUGAAAAGUAGAGCACUGUUAGAAGAGAGAAGGUGCUCUCUUGAGGAGUGGAUAACAAAGCUAUUAUCUGAUAUAGAAUUCGCAAGAAGUGUCGUAGUUGCAUCCUUUCUUGAACUGGAAUCUGCUGCUAGGUCUGCAUGCCAAGAUGUCGAUCAGAAUGCUUCUGAUGCCAGUAAUGAUAAAAAUAGCACAAGUUCGUCACCAAUGGUUCACCCAAGUUUGAGCUUGUUUCAGACUGGCGGCGGUUCUUCUCUCACAUCUGACUAUGGCAGUGAUACUGCUUAUGAAACGUCUGAGUUCGGAUCUCCAAGUUUAGGACAGGAUGAUGUUUCUGAAAUUGGUACCGAGGAUCUAACUCUGGAUGAAGAAGUAACAAAUCCAAUGGACAAGAUCCUUAACUUAAGCAUGUCCAACAUUGACGAGGGACUUUCAAUGAGCCAAACUAUUCUAGAUCAACUUGAAGACUUUCCCAAACAUAAAGUCCGAUCAAGAUAUGUCAAUAAUAUCCCAGGGAAAGAUGUGUAUAAUGGAAAUACUGCUGAAGGUGUACUUCUUGCUAAUAAUGGCUCACGACUUCUCUCUGAACCAGAAUCAUUAGCUCAGUCAGUUCUGCAUGAUAGAAAUCUUUCUUUUGGGAGUGCUGACGGGUUUUCUCUACACACCGGUGAGACAUCAACAUCUGGGCUCCUAAGUUCAAGCAGUGAUAGCCACCUGGAUCUGCACCGAGGUACUGGUGCAUCGGUUGGAACUGGUCUUGUUUGUAACCCGGAAAGGCAGGGUAAUGCACAGAUAGUUCUUCCACUGGACCUGCGUAAGAAACUGAACAAGAUUCUGUUAGCCACGAAUGAAAGACUUGUCAAUGCAAAAACAGAUAUGGAGGAUCUUAUAGCAAGACUAAAUCAAGAGAUAGCGGUCAAAGAUUACCUGAACAAAAAGGUUAAUGAUCUGGAAGGGGAGCUUGAAACUACUAAGCAGAGAAGCAAAGAGAAUUUGGAGCAAGCUAUUAUGACCGAGAGGGAAAGAUUUACUCAGAUGCAGUGGGAUAUGCAAGAACUUAAACAAAAAUCUUACGAGAUGGAAAUGAAGUUAAAAUCGAGAGAGGAUCGCAGCUCACAUGCAGAACCAACUGAACAGUCAACUAUUUCUGAGAGAAAUGUUUUGUCAAAAGAAUUGGACGCCAGAAACCAACAACUGGAGGAUCUCUCCAGGCGAUAUGAUGAGUUAGAGGCAAAAUCAAAAGCAGAUAUUAAAGUUCUUGUCAAAGAGGUCAAAUCUCUGAGGCGUUCUCAUGUGGAACUAGAAAAGGAGCUGACUCAAUCUUUGACAGAUAAAACUGAAGCCGAGAAACUACUUGAACAUGAGAGAAAACUACUUGAGAACACGGUAUCGGCUAGAAAAAAGUUGCUUAGUGACUGCAGAAUUCUCCACGACCGGCUUAAAGAGUAUAACUUGAAUUUGUCAACGGACGGUAAUGGUAACUUCGUAGAGGACUCAACUACAGUAUCAGAUGCUUUGCGUUUGCUUUCAAUAUCUGAUGAUCAAAUUGAGGAGGCUCAGCUGCUUGCGGGGUUUGAUGAAGCUGCGCAAGACAUUGAUAAGUCUCUCAGCAUCGAUACUGAAACAAGAAUCAUGGAGGACGAGCUGAGAAAGAUAUUAGCAGAUAUCUUUGUCGAGAAUGCCAAAUUGAGAAAACAGGUGAACUCUACAAUGCUUCGUGCUCUCCAGAAAGACGUAAAGACAACCGAAGAUGUGAACGAGGAAAAUGGUGACGAGAAAGAGGAGGCAUCAACGGAAACACUGAACAUAUAG